AAAAAGAUUCGUCGAAUACUCAAAAACGAUAUCGUAUUCUUCUUGAAUCUUGAUCGGAUCUUUUGUCAUUCAAACUAACGUACCUUUGUCCUUUAUUGCGACGCGUGAUCAUCUCUUACCUACGCCAACCGAAUCGUUUGCCACCAUGUCGUUAUUCAGGUAUACGUAUUACGAUACUCCGGACGGUAAGGACCUCAUUAAAAAACUAUUCUACACCAACAAACAAGUGUCCAUCAUUGGGUUCGGGCUGGCGACAUCAGAAAUCAUCCUGGUCAGCAAACCUUUUGGAUAUCUGAACACCGCAUACAGAUAUGGCCAGUUGAUGGGACCAAUGUUUGCCGCCACCUCGACGUUCUGUGUGGUGACGCACAUUGCCACCAACGUACGUGGGAAAGAUGACAUGGUGAACUAUGCCAUUGGCGGUUUCUCCACCGGCAUACUGACGGGCAUACUUAUAAAUCAAAAAAUGAUCGGUUUUUGGAUGGCAAUUUCGUUAGCAUGUAUUGGUGCAGCCAAGAAGCAUUCAAAGCUUAACAAUUACGAAUUCUACCCCACUUAUCCUAAAAUUCGUAAACCCGUACACGGAGAUUUCAGAACACCAUACAAAAAUUGGACUUUAUACGAAGACCGGCCAAAAGGAUGGAUAGCUGCUGAAGAACGACAGCAAUAAAUAAGAAUAUACCAACAUCAGUUUGUAAUAAUGAAUAAGUAUGUGAGUUUAAAAUUUAUUUAGCUUUAGUACAUUACACAUAAUAUGUUUUGUUUAUUGUAUAGUGUUUGAUUUGAAUUACAAAUACAUAUUUAUAAAACAUAAUUUUGUUUUUUUCAAAAAUAGUUCAAGAUUAUUUUAUAAAAUUAUAACAUAAAAAAAUGUUUAAAAAAAUAACAAUUAUUUAUUUAAAAUUGAUCUUUGACUUAUUUUGAUUUACUUUAAAAUUAAUGUAACUAAAUAUUUUUUAACUUCCCCAUCAUGGGGGAUAUGGUUAUUAAAAUAAAAUGGACUUCUAAAAUAGUUUUAAA